CUUGUGGCUCCGGACCCAGACUUGCAUACAGCAGCGGAAAAGAAGCGCGAUCCCAUCCUACACACACAAAUGCUGAACCAGGACUGAACCACAACACAGAACAUGGAAUUGGAAAAUAUGGAAUCUGAAAAUACAGAAACUGAAAAUAUGGAAACUGAAAAUAUGGAAUCUGAAAAUAUGGAAACUGAAACUAUUUCUUCGAUUUCAACUCUGCAAACCCUCUCUGAGCUACUUUAUCCCAAGGAAGAGGAUGAUUUUGAGUCCGGACAGUCAAAUUGUUCAUCUGCAAUAGGAGCCAUGGGUCCUGGGAAUAUUGGACCACCAAAAACAGAAGAGUUAACAGCCAUCCCUCAAGCCAGUUGUGAAACUAAUGAGGAAAUCUGGAAUCCAGAUGAAGUUCCAGAAAGAGCAGAGCAUGAUGACAUGUGGGAUGUUAGAGAAAUACCAGAAUAUGAGCUUAUAUACAAACAGCAGGUGGGAACUGAGGAUAUGUUCCUAGGAUUGACGAGAAAGGACUCUUCAACAGCAUGUUGUGAGGAUCUAGUGGUUAAAAUUAAACUGCCAAAUACAAACCCUUCUGAAAUUAAAAUUGAUAUCCAGGAAAUGAUCCUUGACCUUCGUACUCCUAAUAAGAAGCUGUUGCUGAACUUUCCCCAUCCUGUGGACUGUAACAAUGCCAAAGCUUUAUACGUCCCGGAAACUGAGACUCUUGAAGUCACUGUGACUUUGAAAAGAGAGUUGGAUUUCAUUAAUUUCUUCUGAAACUGCAUGCAUAAGGAGGGAAAGUGGCAAAACAGUCCUGACAAAGAAUAAAAAUAAAAUUUUAAAUGAUUAA